GUCAACAAAAGAUUUCAUUAUAAUUGUUUUCCUGCUGCCUGGUAGUGUUGCACAACAACUUCUAGUGCUUACUUGUGAUCGAUUAAUAUAAGACCAAACGUUUUCAUAGUUCGUCGACAGAGCUCUAUCGGUAGAUUCGAACGCGUUUUAAAUAAACAUGUCGCUUCAGAAGGAAAUUCCGUAUGAGGAGAACUUGCAGGGUUCCUGGGUGGAGCUGCACUAUAACAUUGGCAGUGGGAGUCAGGUGUGCCAGGAGCAGAUCUCAACAACCACUCUUGAUGUAGACCUGGAGAAGUUACUACUAGACGCCCAACACGAGUCAAGCAGGAGUACCUCGAGAGGAAGCUCACAAUGUGACAGUCCGCUUAGGUCACAGACUCCUCUUCUUCUGUUUAGAGGCUCAGAGGGAAACAGUUCACAGUCUGAGGAAGAUAACCAAGAAAGAAUCCGGGAAGUAGAGAAUCUACUGAAGAAGAAUGCUGACUGGAUCUGGGACUGGUCCAGUCGUCCUGAGAACAACCCACCAAAGGAGUUUCUGCUGAAACACCCCAGGCGCUCAGCCUCGCUCAGCAUCAGGAAGACCAGCGUCAUGAAGAAGGGAGGCGUUCUCUCCCCUGACUUCCUCAAGCUUUUCCUUCCUUCAUUAUUCAUUUCUCAUAUACUCGCAGUUGGCCUGGGGAUAUACAUUGGGAGGCGCCUCAGCACAUACAGCACCUACUGAAGCUGACGCUGCAUUAUGACACCACUGACUCAUACAGCUGGCAUGCCUUCAAAUGGGGGAAACUUCAGAAUCCAAGGAGGUGGUUGAUGUAGCAUUCUCCAUUUUAGCUGAUUGCCUCAUCUUAUUUUCUGAAUGCUGUGACUGCUUCUUUCUCCCAGAAAUGCCUUGAAUCAGGAACUGAUUUGUGCUGCCUUGUUCCUCUCGCUAUUUAGAAUGUUUUUUAUAUUGAACUGCUGCCAAUUGGCAUUGUUGUUUCUCAUUUUCUUAAGCAUAUUGAGUUUGUGUUUUGCCUGUUUGUUAUUUUUAAGGGAAUGAUUAAUGUGAAUGAAUAUUAAUUGUGAAAUAAUUUCCUGCACUCAUUUUCUUUGAAAAAAGCUGGGGUUAAUACAUUUCAUGCAACAUGUGAAAGGCAGGGUGUGAAUUGCAACAAAAGUCCAACUUUUGGGGGGUCUCCAAUUUAACCUAUUCUCCUAUUUGUUUAAAAUUCUAUUGUUUACUGUUAGUGGUAAAGAUGAAAAAAAUAAAAGCUUAUUCCAAAUUAAAUGAACACCCUCACCACUCUGUCAUGGUUUAAACCAGUGACCGUUGGUUCAGGUUCUUUCAAUUGCA